UUUAAACAACCAAAAGCUUUUCUGUCUAAAUACAAAAGCCUAUUUGAUUUUUACCAACUUCCUCGUCUUAACCUACUACACCUGACUAGUAUACGUCGACUUGAUCCUACAUAAUUUGCUAAUUUUUCUUGAUUCAUAAUCAUUAGUCGAACUUAAAUUAAUUUUCCUUUAUUUGAAUUUUUUUCUAUUUUUCGGCUUUGUCUUGCCUCUUCGUGUUGUCUUUCGAUUGAACCUAUAAAUCGAAAAGGCUUUAGGAAUUUCAUCUAAGAUGGAUGCUCUCGGUUUCAAUACAAACGGUGGAUAUAUUGAAGCCUUAAUUCGAGGAUUCAAGUCUGCUUUACUUACAGAACAUAUCUAUGGGAAUUUAUCACAAUGCGAAUCAUUAGACGAUUUACGUUUGCAGCUUUCCUCGACGGAGUACGGUAGCUUUCUUGCUAACCAGCAAAAGUUAACUAGCAGUACGAUAGCUGCCAAAGCUACAGAGAAAUUAAUCGACGAGUUUGAUAUGAUUCGACGUCAGGCCGAUGAGAAAUUAUCAAAAUUUAUGGAUUUUAUAACUUAUGCAUAUAUGAUAGACAAUGUAAUGCUUCUAGUGACUGGUACCGCGAAUGGCCAAGACACCCAUGAUCUUUUAGAACGCUGCCACCCGUUAGGGUGGUUUGAGACUCUUCCCGCCUUGUGCGUAGCUACAAAUGUGGAGGAUUUAUACAGUGUUGUUUUGGUAGAAAGCCCACUUGCACCUUACUUUAAGGAUUGCCUCUCUGCAGAUGAUUUGGAUGAGAAGCACAUAGAAAUCAUUCGAAACACGUUAUAUAAAGCUUAUUUAGAAGAUUUCUAUGAAUAUUGCCAAGAAAUAGGAUCCGGAACUUUUGAGACAAUGUCUCGUAUCUUAGAAUUCGAAGCUGAUCGACGUGCAAUUACGAUUACUAUUAACUCGUUUGGAACUGAUUUGAGUAAGGAGGAACGAAACAAUAUGUAUCCUUCCUUCGGACGCUUGUUUCCAUUUGGUACUUCGAUGUUGUCUAAAGCAGAUAAUGUUGGCGAUGUAGAGAACGCUUGCAGCUUAGUGAAAGAGUACAGUGCUUUCUUUGACCAAGCAUCACAGAAAUCUCUCGAUGAUUACUUUUUCGAAAUGGAGGUCGAGUAUAACAAGCUUGCAUUUUUGCAACAGUUCCACUAUGGCAUCGUCUACAGCUUUUUAAAGUUAAGGGAGCAAGAGAUUCGGAAUAUAACGUGGAUUGCUGAAUGCAUAAGUCAAAAUCAAAGAGAUCGGGCUUUAAAUAUCAUUCCAACAAUUUAAUUUUUGCUAAAUAAUAAGACGAAACCAGAUGAACGAAACAUGCUCAGGCUAUAUAAAUAUCUCCUUUUCUUUCAUGCAUAUUCCUAGAACAAUUGAAAGAGUUUACACUUGUGUAGCUUCAAAACUUCGAUCAGAUACUACUCCUUAUGCACAUUCGGAUUCUUAUAAUUAUGAAGUUGACAAAAACUAAAACGAACUGAUUGCAAUGGACUUCAUUUAUAAUAUGAUCCAAAGUGAACUGUUGUACCCUAGUAUAGUACUGCUCAAUUCUUGUUAAUUUGUUAAGAAUUCGCUUCAAUUUUUGAAUGAUUUUUCCUUUCAUCUGUAAUAAAAAAUAGAAGAAAUUCUCACGAUUAGCAAAUCAUUCGACUUGAAUAAGAUUGUUGGUUUACGAAAACUCGAGAUCCAAGAAGUUCGAAAAUGAUACAAUUAUCUUAUUUUUUUUCUAUUUCUUUUUCUUUUUCCAG